GUACGACGAGAUCCAUGGCAAACUGACGCCCUACUUGAAGAAGUGCGGCUUCAACCCGAAGACCGACAUCACCUACAUCCCGUGCUCUGGAUUGACUGGAGAUUUCAUCAAGGACCGGCCGACCGACUUGACGAAGGGCUCAUGGUACAGUGGACCCUGCUUCAUCGAAUACAUUGACAACCAGAUGGCGUCCAUCAAUCGUGACUACGACGGCCCCGUUCGGUGCAUCGUCGUGGACAAAUAUACGGACAUGGGCACGAUCGUUUUCGGCAAAAUGGAAUCCGGCGUCGUGGCAAAGAAUCAGUCGCUCCUGCUCAGCCCCAACAAGACAAUGGUGCAAGUUCUGCAAUGCUGGUGCGACGACGUCGAGGGAGUCGAAGAAAGCGAACUGCAAGGUGGCUUCGUCCUGUCAUCUCCUGAUGCGCCCGUGAAAGUUGGCCGAAUCUUUGAUGCAGAGGUGCUAAUCAUGGACUACAAGUCGAUCAUCGCUCCUGGCUACACCUGCGUGCUGCACAUCCAAUCCGCAGUCGAAGAAGUGGUUGUCAAGCUCGUCAUCGCCACCGUCGACAAGAAGACGGGCGAGAAGAAGCGCGCCAAAUUUGUGCGCCAGGACGACAAGUGCAUCCUGCGCUUCGAGAGUCAGGAGCCCUUCUGCCUGGAACCGUUCAAGGAUUUGGCGACGUUGGGACGAUUCACGCUUCGAGACGAGGGCAAGACGCUGGCCAUCGGAAAGGUGCUGAAGGUCAUCGAA